UAUUCACGUGUUCUGUUAUUAAUCUGUGCUUGGUCUGUGCUCGUGUAAUUACAUUUUUUGAGGUUAUGUGUAAUUGAAGAAAUACUGUUAUUUUAAUAAUUUAUAAUGACUGAUUUUGUCCUUAACGAUAGUGAUACAGAGGAGGUGGAUUCAGAUGAGGAGUUACAAGAGGCUUUUGCUAAAGGUUUGUUGAAACCAGGGCUGAACGAAGAGGUGGAAAAAGUUGAAAAACAUUACAUUAACAAUGUGGCGGAUUUGAAAACUAAAUUAAAAGAAUUCAAGUUAAAAUUACCAUGGCUCGAAACUUUGGAUUUGGUCACUGCUGUUGCUCCCAUGGCACCCGAUGUGGCAAUGCAGAUACAAGAAACAGCUCAGCGGAGGAAGAAUAUCAAAGAAAACAGCAAGGGCCUCAAAGAAUAUAAUCCAGCUGAGGACCCAGUACUUAAUGAGUUUAAACGAGAAAAUCUGAUUCAUCGCCAAGCUCAAGCAGCAGUUAUAGAAGGUAUAAAAAGGCUAAAAGAACUUAGUAUUCCCACUAGAAGGCCUGACGACUAUUUUGCAGAGAUGGCUAAAACUGAUGAGCACAUGCAAAAAGUACGUAAAAACUUGAUGGCGAAGCAAGCAGCACAAGCUAGAACAGAAAAAGUCAGACAACUAAGAGAACAGAAGAAGAUUUCAAAAAGAGUUCAAAUUGAUGCCAAAUUAAAGCAACAAGCAGAGAAGAAGCACAUGUUAGAACAACUGAAAAGAGUUAGGAAGGGUAAGUCAGCUGAUUUAGAUUUCUUGGAAGAUAAUAAAGGUAAAAAUGCUAAAGGAAAAGGUCUUCAAAACAACAAAGUGUCUAAAAAACGAGCUAGUAAAGAUAAAAAGUUUGGUUUUGGAGGAAAAAAGAAAGGAUCCAAAUUAAAUACUAGAGAAUCAAGUAAUGAGAUGGAUGGAUUUAAUAGUUCUGCUAAAAAGAAGCCAUUUAACUUUAAGACAAAAAAUUUCAAACCUAACAAUAAGAAGAAGAACCAGAGGCCUGGAAAAUCAAAAAGGAAAAAUGCUAAAAGAUAAAUUUUAUUAGGAUUACAAAAUAAAUCUUAAGUUUAAUCUUUGUUUUAUUAUCCUUAAGUAAGAAAAAAGUAUUUUGUUAUUUGUUAGUCUGGUUAUACCAUGUUUUUUCUACAGUGCUCUGGUUUGUCAAAUUGAUAACUGUUUGUUGUGUUUAAAAUACUCGGACAUGACGAGACGACGUAAAGAUCAUUAUGCUAUGCACAAUUUCGUAAAAAAAUCGCUUCUAUUCCAUUCAGUCAAUGACUUAUAAUAAGACCCACCAACAGUAUUUCAUUUUAAAAUGGUAGAAGUAGUCCCCCCCCCCCCCCCCCAAACAGCCGCCAAUAGAGCGCACUAAAGUAGUCUCUCACUCUCAUGCACAAAACAGGCUACAUCUCUGUUUACCCUCCACGUGUCAACGAUGUCAGCAACUGUCAAAAUACCUAAUCACCAAAUAGUUGUUCAUUAAGUUUUAUAUAAACUGCAUAUAAUAACAAAUGAAAUGACAUGUUUUUCAUGUCUCUAAUAUUUACUGUGUAAUUUGUGUACUGACUAAUAAAAGUACUGCACAUGAAAAGUCCUCCGAACAACCUAAGGCUCUGAAAGAUCAGACCGUACAUAAGUACGGGGCUGUCCAAAAAACAAAUUGAUAUCAUGUGACUAGACGCAGCAACGGGUGUGUUGAGUCCGUGACAAGGCUUUCAUUUUUUUCACGAUUCAGGGACUUUUGUUCUCCGCAGACAGUAGUCUCGGCCAUAAUGGUGUCUUGAACAUUAAAUUGAAAUAAUGCCCUAUAUUAUUUAAGGCAACUACGCGAUCAUCCAAUGUAGGUACUUUUAGGACAGAGUUUAAAGCCACGAUUUUGCUUGUGACGUUGAAUCUUAGGUUUUUGGUAUUCAUACUAAUAAUAUAAAUGCGAAGAUGCGUCUGUCUUUUACCUCUUCACGUUUAAACCGCUUUAGAUGGAAUUUGGUGCAGAGAUAGUUUGAGUCUUGGGAAAGGAAAUAGCAUAGUUUUUAUCCUAGAAAUCCCCCUUUGAGGGGGUGAAAGUGUGUAUGGGAAAUAACGAUAUUUAAAUACCCUAGAUACACCACGUGCACUCAAAAUGUGUCCCAAUCAAGAACUGCUUGAACACCAGUCAAGCACUUCGUUUCAUUAAAAAAAAAAAUUCAACGUUUGUUAAUUUAACGCUUUUGAAGCAAAUUUUGUUCUAAUACUUACUAUAAACUGUUUUAUAAGAAAAUAUUUGUGAUAUUCAUGCAUGGUCGGGUAAUAUAGCCGUUUUCCUCGCGGUCCGUACCUGCUAUAUUGCUAACAGCGCAUCCAGAAUUGCACGUAGAAACAAAAAAAAAAAAAAAAGCUCUAUAUUCUUCCGCAUAUAGCAAUUAAUCGUAAAAUUUUACAAGCUUGCAUUUUGAACUGUCAUAACUCUGACGCAUGCGUUUUAAUUAAGACUAUAUACAGUAUGCAUUAAAGGUGACAUUAAAUGUUCAAAUAUUGCCUCAUAUUGUUUUUGACUAUGCGAUUAUUUUAUAAAGCUCCGUGGAUCGUCCAAUGUACCUUUUGGACAGGUUUUGGGCACGAUUUUGUUCGUUUUGGUGUAUCUAGGGUAUUUAAUAUCGUUGAUCGGAAACCAUUUUUUUUCACGCAGAUGGAGUCGCGGUUUGUCUACAAAACGUUUCUUAUCUAGGGAAAGAAAUAAUUAUCGUUAACAUUUUAGACAGGAAAGAAAACGACGGUUCGUUUAUUGCAAAAAGUUUAUAUUGUCUAGCACUUGCGGCCUUUUCCCUUUUUUUUCUUCUGCUGCUGCUUACGCUGCCACGCCCUCUUCUGCUGCUUGGGCUCGACACGCGGACUUGGCCGCGGUGGGCGGUUGCUGCUGGCCCUAUACUCUUUUUGGCUACGCGAUCAUUCAACCAAGUUUUAAAAUCUAUUAACUCCAGGAAUAAGAUUUUUCAUACAAACUUAUGCAGUCAAUAAUGGUGACGAAUACUGAAUUGAAAUAAUGGCCCUUUAUUCUUUUAGGCUCCGCGAUCAUUAGGAGAGUUUUUAGCAACGAUUCUGCUCGUGAUGUUGAAUCCAAGGUUGUUGUAAAGUUGAUAUGUCAACAAAACGAUAUUUAUUAUAUUUAUACGUGCUUACUUAGGGAAUGAAAUAUUUAUUACAGCGUAUUUACUUAAGUUUUUUCUAGAAUCCCACAAGAACAUGGCAUAUUUCCGGGAUAAAAAAUAUCCUGUCUCAAUCCGGGCUGUAAACUAUACGCGCUCCAAAUUUCAUCUAAAUACCUACGUUCAGUGGUUUUUAACAAACAUACAAACUUUCACAUCACAAUAUCAGUAGGAUUAACAUUUUUGACGGAAAAUAAAACUACGAUUAGUAUAUUAGAAAAAGGUUUUAUUGUCUACCACUUGCGACCUUUCCCCUUUUUCUUCUGCUGCUGCUUGCGCUGCCACGCGCUCUCCUGCUGCUUGGGCUCGACGCGCGGACUCUUAGCCGCUGUGGCCGCGGCGGCGGUAGGCUGCUGUUUGCUCAUGUCGCUAUGAAGGAAAACGCAGUGUGAGUAAAACAAUAGCAAAACGAUAUGUAAGAAAAUAGUUAAAAGAAACAACUGUUUCGUCAAGAGAAAGUUCAAACGAACAACUGUCUCGUCGUCCACCAUUUUGAAUAACUUUCAAAAUGGCGUUCUGAUUAUAAAAGUCCCGCUGUGGCCUCGGCGGUGGUAGGCUGCUGCCUGCUCAUGUCGCUAUGAAGGAAAAUGCAGUGUAAGUAAAACAAUAGCGAAACGUAAUGUAAGAAAAGAGUUAAAAGAAACAACUGUUCCGUCAGGAGAAAGUUCAAAUAAACAGCUGUUUCGUCAUCCGCCAUUUUGUACUUAUAACUUUAAAAAUUACGUCGUCUGAAUCAGUCUUGCUGUGUAUUAACAAUAUCGAUUUAAUAUUGACUGACUAUUGGCAGAUGGCGGAAAUGGAUGACGACUCGCCGUACGCUUGUACUUGGUUAACUAUAUCAAUCGACAUGUUAUUGUCACUUGUAUCUACAAUAUUGACUAUUGGUAGGUGGCGGUAAUGGAUGACAUCGCGCCAUACGCUUGUACUUGGUUAUCUAUAUCAAUCGACAUGUUAUUGUCACUUGUAUCUACAAUAUUGAUGCAAUAUUGACUGACUAUUGGUAGGUGGCGGUAAUGGAUGACGUCGCGCCGUACGCUCGUACUUGGUUAACUAUAUCAAUCUAUAUGUUAAAGUGACUAGUAUAAACAAUAUUGACUGACUAUUGGUCGGUGGCGAUAAUGGAUGACAUCACGCCGUACGCUUGUACUUGGUUAACUAUAUCAAUAUUAUAUUAAAGUGACUAGUAUCUACAAUAUUGAUGCAAUAUUGACUGACUAUUGAUCGGUGGCUGUGGUAGACAUGCCCUGGCUGCCCUUGAUAACGUCACGCCGCACGCCGCGCCGCUUCCUGUACGCCGUACGCUCGUAUUUGGGUAGCCAUCUGUGGACAAAAUACUUUGAUUACACUUGGAAAAUACUACAUUUAUGAAUUUCAUAUUUAAGAUUCGAAAGCUUAAUAAAAAAUAUUGAUCUUGCGCGUAUGGCUUAAUGGGAAAGGAAACUGCCAAUUAAUCCUGCCAGAGGAGCAAGGAACAGAACCCUUAGUACGAGUUUGCGCUCACGAAAACUAUCAUAAUUUUCGUAAUUGUAAAUUAUGUUUGUAAUUGUAUGUUCAUUUUGGUGAAAAGUUACCAAAUUUAAGAAGACGCAAAUGAUUUAAUGAUAGAAUUUAAACAUUGUUUAUUUGUAUUGAAACGAAAACAAUAAAAUCAGUAGAUACCCUUAGUACGAGUUCGAGCUUACGAAAACUAUCAUAGUUUUCGUUAUUGUAAAUCGUACAAAGGGUGUACAGGUAUCGAAUGACCUAUUUAUAACAACAAUUCAAGACGUUUGUCAAAGUUACAAGGAAAACUGACAAACACCGAUAGAGGUGGGCUGCAUUCCAAACCCAAGCUGUAGGUGCAACAAAUGUCAAAUAAGACAUAAGUUUCAUACAUUUUCUGACUAAAAUGAAAUAUCAUCGUCAGGGUAAAAAGUUGUACUCAGAGCGUAGGUUUAGAACGCUGACUUAAAGUGACAGAUUUCUUGUUAUCGGACAGCCUAAUAUACACUGUCACUCUCGCAAAUAAUACGGUAUCGCUCAGCAUAAAGCUAAAUAAAAAUUGUUUGUACAAUUAAUAAACACCAAAGGUCGGACAAUCUAAUAUUCACAAUAUCACUCUCGCAAUUAAGACGGAAUCGCUCAGCAUAAAAUCUAUUCUGUCUGCCGUUUAGGCGACCAGUCCCUCUAGCAUGAUCAACUGUCAGACUACUGUCAAUCUCCACUGUAGUCUGACAGUUACUGCCGAUAUAUCGCUUUAUCAUAUCCCGUUUCGGUGGUCAUGCUAGAGGGGCAGAGCGUGCCAAUUAAAUCAAUAAUUAAAGGCAAACACUUCAAAAACAUAACCCUCCUUCCGGCACAGUCAGGUAAACAAGUUUUGAUUUAAAAAAGAUGACAAAUAGCAGAAAAUUAAAAGCAGUGUCAAUGAAAUCGACAUCAUAAUGGCAAUCACUCUCUCGAGGAACUCAAAGGCGCAAGUGGUUAAUCGUGUUCAGCUGCGAUCAUUGAAGUUAGCAUCUUUCGCAUUGGAUGGGUGACCAAAUUUUGCAUCGCGAGCUCCUCCAUGUUACGGAAGGCACGUUAAGCCGUUGGUCCCAAAAAUCCGCACUGGGCCUACGUGGUCGGUCAAGGGCCAAUCUCCCUUUUCCAUCCUUAGGGAAGACCUGACCCCAGUAGUGAGUAUUUAUAGGCUGAUGACGAAUUACCUCUCUGGAUCCGGUGGUUUGGACAGAUCAGCAUUGGGUGGUAACUUAGUUUUGCGUUUGCGUCUUGUAUUCUUCUUUGUGCCGAGUUCAGAGCCAGGGGUACUGCAAUAACAGAACAGUUGAAUAAACAAGGCAAUAAUUUAUUAUGAUUGCUUGAAAAAAGCAUGUGCGAAUAAAAAAUGUGUAUGAACAGAAGACUAAAUAAAAAUCUCCAGAAUCGAACUGGCUAGUUUUUUAAGUUUCUAUGGUAAAUUGUGGUCACCAAAAUAGCGUUUCUACAUAAUUAAUAGGGAAUAUGCAUGUUACUCAAAUAAGCCUCAUUUUAUUGAUGUGUAACAUCUUUCCUCUCGCUUUCCUGCAAUUUGUGGGAGUUAUUUCGUGAAAUGGGACGGAAGUGUGUAACAGGAAGUCGCGAAAGCGCGCGCUAUUUGAUUUGAUUUUAGAACAUAAUGUUCAAAUGGCUUAUUCCUUUUGUAGUAGGUUUUAAUUCUUUUUUUACUAAUAUAAGGUGAGGUUUCAAAUGUAACACAUCAUACGCGACAACUGUAAGGCUCGCUCGUUUUUUUAAUUAUAAACUCUAUUACAUUUAAGUUAUCCCUCCAUCAAUAUUUGUUCAAUUUCUUUUCGAGCAAGAAAUUAAUAAAAGUGCGAAAAACUUUUGGGAAAUUCAAAUUAUUUCAAACGCGACGAGAGCGGUUGUGACGUCAAAAAUAUAUCUAAAAACAAACAAAGGUGAUGUUCACAGGAUAUGCCAAUGUCAACGAGAUUAAAGUGCGAGUGCGUUCCACCAUGACACCCAAUUUUUCACUAUGACAUUUAAAGGAGAAUAGCAGACUUCCAGUGGCGCACAUAUUUUUUGCGUAUCGUUUUUUAUACAGAUUUUGUUGCUUUGAUGCAGUGUAAACAAAUACUAAUUAUGGUUCUUAUUUACGAGUUGGAUUUAAAGUGUUAAUAAUCUAUACAUAACCUCAAAAUCAUAAAACACCCUAGUUAGUUAUUACUAGCAAACCAGUGAACCAAAUGUUCACCAAAAAAAAAAAAAAUAUUUAAUUAAUUGAGAACUUCGGAGAUUUUGUGUGGUUUCGUUUGAAAUAGAAAUCACGUGAUUUCUCGAAAACCGGAAGUGCUACGUUACUCAUAUCCGGUUUGUAGUCUUAUCAGACUAUUCUUAACUUAUAACUUAAACAUUCUCUAUAUCUAUCUCUUACGGUUUGGCCGCUGAAACAGCACCACGGACGGACGGACGGACGGACGGACUUGUCUAAUAGAUAAGAGAUUAUACUGUUUUUAUAUUUAUAACUUUCUUUUAAAGCUUAAGAAAUAAAUAUAAAUACAUUUUCACAUAAUAUUGAUUUCUUUUUACAUAUUUAUAACGGGGGAGGUCUUUGUUUUUUAGUAUUUAUUUUAAAAUGUAUGGAAUAAAAUAUAUAAAUGUAUGGAAGGAAGGUAUGGAACGCAAAAUAUCAGUAUCUUGUAAGGUCAUUGAUCUUGUUUGUGUUUGUAGGUUUAAUUAAUAUAUUGUGACGUCACAGCCAAGCGUUCUAAAAUAGCGCGCGUUUAAAGUGCUCGUGCAAAGUGGCUAUUUUAUAGACACUACUAUUUUUUUGACGUUAAUUUUUUAAAUACUGUAUAAGGGGAUGUAAACUUCUAAAUAAAAACAAAUAAUGCAUAUUCCCUAUUAUACAUUUUUUAUAUUUUUGUUUUAAGCAUUUGAAGCUAGAUGUUUUAAAUGUAAAGGUUGUCUAUAAUGCGAAGAGAUGGCGCUGCCUUGCAGCCUAAGAAAUACUAGAAGAAAUUCGACACGGUCAUUAAGGUCGCGGUAGCAUAAUAGGUCAGUAAGUCUGCCCGGUAGCGGAUGGUGCGGGUUCGAGUCCCGUCUGCCGCCAGGACCGCGUGGAAUUCCUUCUAGUAUAAUUUUCACAAAAUGUGUUUUUCUCACCCAGGCGAUUGUUCUUGUUUGCUAACAGUUUUCUUGACCACCUUUGCCCCCAUCAUCCAUUUCGACGAUUCUAGGGCGUCUAUAUCGAUUUUUGCCUGCGAAAUACAAUUUUUUGGUUGUCAAAAUGUUACCCUUUUUUUUAAUAAUUUGGAACCCAUUCCCUUGAAAUGUAGUUAAACAUUCACAUUGUAAUAAGGUCGAUAUCUCUCAGUUUAAAUUAAAAAGGGAAGAUGGGGAUAUGCUUAAUUUACUUUAAAAAAUUAGUCUGACUCAAUUUUAUAAUUAAGUACUCUCAACUCUUAAGCCCGUCUUCCACUGCCAAAGAGGAAUGAACUAGGGAUGUCUAGCGGAGCGUUCUUCCUGUAUAUAAAAUAAGAUUGCUUUUCCAUCGAGAAAGAGUUCCGAACUAACUAGCUCAUUUUUACUCUUUUUGACCUCUUUAUCACUUUCCCUCUACUCUUUGUUCGUGGAAACAGAUGUAUGCAUUUUUUGGUAAACAGAGUCAUUAAUGGGCUUGCUCCGCUCGCGGUGUAAACCGCCCGUAAUUUAUAUAUACUCCGCUAUACAUCCCUAGUUCAUUCCUCUUUGGCGGAGUUCCGAGUUAGUUUGCAACUAGGGUUAUCAUUUGGUCUGAGUAAAGGUGGGUCACGAGGCCCGCGUGUGAUCGCAAGUGCGUGCAUGUGUGGGGUGGGGGGGAGAGCUAACGCGCGCCGGCUGCAGCGCGGUGUAAGGUAAGGAGUGUGUGCGUAUGUGUCUGCGUGCGUCCGUGCGUGUCUGCGUGCGUCGUGCGUGUCUGCGUGCGUGCGUGCCAACUUGAGUGCGUGCAUGCGUGUCAACGUAGGUGCGUGCGUGCCAACGUGAGGGCGUGCGUGUGUGCGUGCCAGCGUGCCAACAUGAGUGCGUGCGUGCGUGAGUGCCAACGUGAGCGCGUGCGUGCCAACGUGAGUGCGUGCGUGCCUGCCUGCGUGUGUGUGUGUGUGUGUGUGUGAGGGAGAAGUGUGUCACCUCGCGGUGCGUGAGGGCGGGCAGGGAGGCGGCCACGCGGCGAGGGCCUUCACGAGGCGCGCUAGAGACCGCGUGUCCUGCGGUGCCGCGCGCGCCAAAGCCUCCAGGGCUCCGGCGGCGGCGGCGGUGUCCCCGGCCCGAGCGUGCGCUUCUGCCGCGGCACGCCACACUUCGCGGAGUACGCCAAGUGCCUG